CCACCAGUGAGCCGGCAAUUUCAUGUGCUUGAUGAAAAUUUCACUACUGCAUCGAUGAAAUUCCCUACCGGUGAGCAACGGAAAAACACUUCCUCUGCUAUCAGUGCGCAUCGUUCUGAUGAUAAACGUAACGAUGAUUCUGAAGCAAGCGUGGUACAAAAAAGUGCGAGUUUACAGCCAGGCAAUAGUAUGAAGCAUUUAUCGAAUGGAACUUCGUGCACUGGGUCCCCCGAAAAAAGGCAGCCCGUGAAGCGCGAAGACAAUGAUUUUGGAGUGUCAAUCUUGCCAGUUAAAGUUGAUCAAGGCGAAGAAGUGCAGGUAGCCGUUGAAAAGCGUUGCGCUGCCGCUAAUACUACAUAUUCGCGGAGUGUUCUGGGUCGGAAACUGUUGCUGGAUAAUGAAAACGAAGAUGAGGAUGAGAUGCGGCGUAUCACGAUUGUCAAAAGGCGUGAUAAUGACGGGUGGUGGUUCACGCGUAGACAUCAAAAUGGGACACAGGCAAGCGGUGAAGAGAAAAUGAAUGGCGAGAUUCGUCCAGCAAUUGAGCGAUCACAUAGUGGCGCAGGCGAUGGCCCGGCUGUUGCUAAAGUGAAACCAAAUGCAGCGCCCAAAGAAGACAAGUUGCUGAUAUAUUUAAAUAAUAGCAGUGAGGCAGAAAAAAGUGAACCAGCACCGCGUGCUGAUAAUGGGGAGGCCCAGGAAAAUGGAAAUGCUUCAAUAAACGCAGCACAGCAGUCGACUUCGCUAUCGACUAAUCUUCAAAAUGACAAUAUCUAUGCAAAGUUUUUCUCCGGACUUAUCAAGAAGUGA